AUGUGGAAAGCAUAUGGUAUUGGCCAAGGGAGAAAUAUAUCUGUCCAGGGACAAAUGAAUAGUCAAGAUGAAAGGUCAUUGAAAGUGAUAGCUGAUUUUAAACCUCCAAUGAAGGUGGAAGGAUCCAUAAAGCAGAGUUCUGCAGGUGAUGGUUUCAGUUGUCAAGAAUGUUGUGUUCAGACCUUUACCUCAUUUAUGGAUAUGCAUAUGCAUUGUUUGAUUGGUGAUCACAACUAUGAUCUACAACAAAUGUCAACUUAUGACAAGAUUAAGCUCAGAUGGUAUGAUGCUUGUAUAAACUUGUCUGAAAUAUUGAAUUUUAAUCGAACUGAUGCUUCUCAACCAAAUAUCUCACAAGAUAUAGCCAAAGAACAACAAGGUUGGGCCUUAAAAAAAGAAAGGAAGCAUGUGAGAUUUUCAGACAAAGUUAAAUUAUAUCUAAAGUCAAUAUUUGAAGAUGGUGAAAAGAGUGGGAACAAGAUGAAUGCUGGCACUGUAGCAAGAAAUAUGAGAGUUGCACUAGAGAAUGGUACCAACAAGUUUUGCAACAGUGAAUAUUUAAAUGCUAGUGCGGUAGCUCUUAUCGAGAGGUUUGAAGCCAUAGAAGAAAUAACAGCUUUAAUCUAA